CGAGCUUGCCCUUGGCACCUUAAUCCCAUCGCGGCUCCUCAACCUGGAGCAGCGACGUUAUUGGCUCCUCUCCGGGUGUGGGCGCCUCCCUACUCGGAUCUCAUCCUAGGAAUGUCCUAACUCUGCCCGUGGGGACAACUUCACCCUAAGCCCGGGAUUCUGAUCCAAGAACGGGCAGUAGACAGCUCGGCUGCCUGGCCCCCGGAUCUGCCUUCUUUCACCGUCUCAUUUUUUCCUCAGCAUUGUCAUUGGGUUCGCCCCGAGGAGAGCUGACUGCCCGGGGCUGUUGCUGACCGCCAGCAGAGCCGAGCCAAAAUGUCCCCGGAAUCCAAAAAGCUUUUCAACAUCAUUAUUUUAGGAGUUGCCUUUAUGUUUAUGUUCACCGCCUUUCAAACUUGUGGAAAUGUGGCGCAAACUGUCAUCAGGAGCUUAAACAACACGGAUUUUCACGGCAGUGGAUAUACCAGCAUGGCGAUCAUUUACGGAGUGUUCUCUGCUUCAAAUUUGAUCACGCCCUCCGUGGUUGCCAUCGUGGGACCGCAGCUCUCCAUGUUUGCCAGUGGUUUGUUUUACAGCAUGUACAUUGCCGUUUUUAUCCAGCCUUUCACGUGGUCCUUCUACACGGCCUCGGUUUUCAUUGGAAUUGCAGCUGCUGUGCUUUGGACAGCUCAAGGAAACUGCCUGACAAUAAAUUCAGAUGAGCACACUAUUGGGAGAAACAGUGGAAUUUUCUGGGCACUCUUACAGUCAAGCUUGUUCUUUGGAAAUCUCUACAUAUAUUUUGCUUGGCAAGGGAAAACUCAAAUAUCAGAGAGUGACCGAAGAACAGUGUUUAUUGCCCUGACAGUGAUUAGCCUUGUGGGGACAGUUCUUUUCUUUCUCAUUAGGAAACCAGAUUCUGAAAAUGUCCUGGGAGAGGAAGAAUCUUCUGAUGACCAGGACCUGGAAGUCAGCGAGUCUCCCCAGAACAAUAUGACAAAGGCAGUAGAUGCGUUUCAAAAGUCUCUUAAGUUAUGCGUCACCAAGGAGAUGCUCCUUCUAAGUAUUACAACUGCUUAUACAGGUCUGGAAUUGACUUUCUUCUCUGGUGUGUAUGGAACCUGUAUUGGUGCUGUCAAUAAAUUUGGGAUGGAAGAGAAAAGCCUCAUUGGACUUUCUGGCAUUUUCAUCGGCAUUGGAGAAAUUUUAGGCGGAAGCCUCUUUGGCCUGCUGAGCAAGAACAAUCGCUUUGGUAGAAACCCAGUUGUGCUGUUGGGCAUCCUGGUGCAUUUUGUAGCUUUUUACUUAAUAUUCCUCAACAUGCCUGCGGACGCCCCCAUUGCUCCUGUCGAAGGAACCGAUAGCAGUGCUUACAUCACUUCCAGCAAAGAAGUUGCCAUUCUUUGCAGUUUUCUGUUGGGUCUUGGAGACAGCUGCUUCAAUACACAACUGCUGAGCAUUUUAGGCUUUCUCUAUUCUGAAGACAGUGCGCCAGCUUUCGCAAUCUUCAAGUUUGUGCAGUCCAUUUGUGCAGCCGUGGCGUUUUUCUACAGCAACUACCUUCUCCUUCACUGGCAACUCCUGGUCAUGGUGAUGUUUGGCUUUUUUGGAACUAUCUCAUUCUUCGCUGUGGAAUGGGAAGCUGCCGCCAUUGUAGCCCGGGGCUCCGACUACCGAAGUAUUUGACCAGGGUGCCAGUGAGGGGCACACUUCUUCCCGUGUGCUGGGAGAGGCCGCCACUCAUUUCCCCUCCGUGUCGGACGAUGUUCAGGACGGAAAUCAAAGAAUUAAGACUGUUGAAUCAGCCAGAGUCGGUAUUCAAGUUUACAGACGCUAGAUACUUACAAUAAGUGGAAUAAGGGAAACCUGGUCUACUGAUUAUGUUCAGAGAUGUUGUUUUUCAGUUCAUCCGUCUCCAGUCCCUUUUAAUCAUGGCAUAGAAGGUAAAUGUUUUCUUCUCCCCCCUGUUCCCGUUGAAAGAUCCUGCCUCGAUUUAAAAUACUAGGACGUAUGUCAUAGAAAGAUUCUUGCUGG